UGCAGGACGGUUUGACCACGGCAUUUAUAAUGUUACUAUGGGUAAUAAUUUGACGAACAGUUCUGGACGGGAAAACGCUCCAUCUAUAUCAGCACAAAAUACUGAAAGUUCAUACACUAGUCCUCUGUCCCUUUCUCCGGCAAUGCAACCUAAACAUCCAACAGUAGUAGACCCAAUUAAUGUCACUUCAGGAUUGCCAAUUGAUUCCAAGUCAAGCACAUCUUCAGUUGAGAAAGAAAACAUGGCAAAAAAGGAUGAAAACUUCAAGCCAUUGCAGAAUGAGGACAAAGCACAAGGCAAGAAUUCCCCUGUUAGAAGUAAAACUUCACACAUGCCAACUCCCGAAGUGAAAUCAAUAUCUGAAAUGAACAAGUUGAUGCUUCAGAGCCAUGCCUCGUACCGUUCUAUGAGGCCGCUGUGGUCUUCAGCCAUCGAUCAGGAGCUAUUGCAGGCCAGAUCAGAGAUUGAAAAUGCACCUAUUGUGAAGGAUGAUCCAAGUCUAUAUGCUCCACUAUACCACAAUUUUUCAUUGUUCAAGAGGAGCUAUGAGUUAAUGGAAGAGACUCUUAAAGUGUAUGUAUACAGAGAAGGAGCAAGACCUGUUUUGCAUUCACCAUUUCUGACGGGAAUAUAUGCUUCUGAGGGAUGGUUCAUGAAACUGAUGGAAGCUAAUACGAGAUUUGUUACCAAAGACCCAAAGAAAGCUCACCUGUUUUACUUACCAUUUAGUUCUCGAAUGUUACAGGAAGCUUUGUAUGUAAAGAAUUCACACAGUCACAAGAACUUGAUCGAGUAUCUGAAUAAUUAUGUAGACAUGAUUGGGGGGAAGUAUCCCUUCUGGAACAGAACAGGGGGAGCUGAUCAUUUUCUAGCUGCUUGCCAUGACUGGGCCCCCGCAGAAACAAGGCAGCGCAUGUCUAACUGCAUAAAAGCACUGUGCAAUGCUGAUAUCAAAGAAGGGUUUGUGUUUGGGAAGGACGUAUCUCUGCCUGAAACAUUUGUCAUCAAUUCUCGGAACCCGACUAAAGACCUUGGAGGAUUUCGAAUUUCCAGGAGACCAAAUCUGGCCUUCUUUGCAGGCAGUAUGCAUGGGUAUGUUAGGCCAAUUCUGUUGAAGCACUGGGAGAAUAAAGAUCCUGACAUGAAAAUAUUUGGAAAAUUGCCCAAGUCCAAGGGUAACAGGGACUACAUCCACUACAUGAAGAGCAGCAAAUACUGUAUAUGUGCUAGAGGUUACGAAGUGAACAGUCCAAGAGUGGUGGAGGCUAUUUUUUACGAGUGUGUUCCGGUCAUUAUAUCAGAUAAUUUUGUUCCUCCCUUUAUUGAAGUAUUGAAUUGGGAAUCGUUUGCUGUUUUUGUGUUGGAGAAAGACAUCCCAAAUUUGAAGAGCCUACUGCUUUCCAUCCCCACAAAGACCUAUCUUCGAAUGCAGAUGAGGGUCAAAAAGGUGCAGCGGCAUUUUCUUUGGCAUGCCAAUCCUGUCAAGUACGAUAUAUUUCACAUGAUUCUUCAUUCUGUUUGGUAUAACAGAGUCUUCUCCAUAAAUGCAACAUAAAUGUUACAGACAGAGCUCGUGUUUAGUUGAUUGAAUAGGCCACUGUUGAUUGGGAGGUCUGGUGUAAAUAUAAAUAUUUUCCCUACUGAUUGUUAAGUUUGUGGA